GUCCACUUAGAGGGGCCUCGGGGGCCAGGCAGCAGACCGGAGCCUGCUCCUCCGCCCUGACGCUGGGGGGGUCCUUGGUGAAGCUUUUCAUGGUCAUUUAAGGAGCCUCGCCUAGAAGUCCCCAGCGGCCAUCCCCGUCGACGGGAAGGCUCGGGCUCCAGGAUGAUUAUAAAGGAGUACCGGAUCCCUCUGCCGAUGACCGUGGGCGAGUACCGCAUCGCGCAGCUCUACAUGAUACAGAAAAAGAGCCGGAAUGAGACAUAUGGCGAAGGCAGCGGCGUGGAGAUCCUGGAGAACCGGCCGUACACGGAUGGCCCCGGCGGCUCCGGGCAGUACACGCACAAAGUGUACCAUGUGGGCAUGCACAUCCCCGGCUGGUUCCGCUCCAUCCUGCCCAAGGCAGCCCUACGGGUGGUGGAGGAGUCCUGGAACGCCUACCCCUACACCCGAACCAGGUUCACCUGCCCCUUCGUAGAGAAGUUCUCCAUCGACAUCGAAACCUUCUACAAGACUGAUGCUGGAGAAAACCCCAACGUGUUCAGCCUCUCUCCCGUGGAAAAGAGCCAGCUGACAAUUGACUUCAUCGACAUCGUCAAAGACCCUGUGCCCCCCAACGAGUAUAAGAUCGAGGAAGACCCCAAGCUAUUCCGAUCGACCAAGACCCAGCGGGGACCGCUGUCGGACAACUGGAUCGAGGAGUACCGGAGGCAGGUCUCCCCCAUCAUGUGCGCCUACAAGCUGUGCAAGGUCGAGUUCCGCUACUGGGGCAUGCAGUCCAAGAUCGAGCGCUUCAUCCACGACACCGGCCUGCGGAGGGUGAUGGUGCGGGCCCACCGGCAGGCCUGGUGCUGGCAGGACGAGUGGUUCGGGCUCAGCAUGGAGAACAUCCGGGAGCUGGAGAAGGAGGCGCAGCUCAUGUUGUCCCGCAAGAUGGGCCGGUUCAACGAGGACGACGAGGCCCCCGAGCGUGCCAAGGACGCCACCGCCCAGGACCAGGACUCCGGGCAGCCCCCCGAGCCGGGCGGCAGCGGCAGCAGCGGGGAAGCCCUGACGGGGCGAGGGCUAAAGAAGCAGUGGUCCACGUCCUCCAAGACCUCCCGGUCGUCCAAGCGGGGAGCCAGCCCUUCCCGCCACAGCAUCUCGGAGUGGCGGAUGCAGAGUAUCGCCAGGGACUCCGACGAGAGCUCGGAGGACGAGUUCUUCGAUGCACACGAGGAUCUGUCGGAGCCCGAGGACAUGUUCCCUGAGGACAUCAGCAAGUGGAGCUCCAACGACCUCAUGGACAAGAUCGAGAGCCCGGAGCCCGAGGACCCGCAAGACGGUCUGUACCGCCAGAGUGGCCCUGAGUUCCGGGUGGCCUCCAGUGUGGAGCAGCUAAACAUCAUGGAGGAUGAGGCCAGCCAAACGCUGGCGGCACCACCCUCCAAGGUGCACGUGCUGCUGCUGGUGCUGCACGGGGGCACCAUCCUGGACACGGGCGCCGGGGACCCGUGCUCCAAGCAGGGCGACACCAACACCAUGGCCAGCGUGUUCGACACCGUCAUCCGUGUGCACUACCCCGGCGCCCUGGGCCGCCUCGCCAUCCGCCUGGUGCCCUGCCCGCCUGUCUGCUCCGAUGCCUUCGCCCUCGUCUCCAACCUCAGCCCCUACAGCCACGAUGAAGGCUGUCUGUCCAGUAGCCAGGACCACAUCCCCCUGGCUGCCCUGCCCCUCCUGGCCACCUCCUCGCCCCAGUACCAGGAGGCGGUCACCACGGUGAUUCAGCGGGCCAACCUUGCCUACGGGGACUUCAUCAAGUCCCAGGAGGGCAUGACCUUCAACGGACAGGUCUGUCUGAUUGGAGACUGCGUCGGGGGGAUCCUGGCAUUCGAUGCCUUAUGCUACAGCAGCCAGCCCGUGACUGACAGUCAGAGCAGCAGCCGCCGGGGCAGUGUGGUCAGCGUGCAGGACACUGACCUGCUGUCCCCGGGCACCCUGGUGAACACAGCACCCUGCGGUGGCAGCGCUGGCGGCUCCAGCCUGCAGAGCAGCCGGCACCUGAGCCGUAGCGACGUCGACAUCCCCCGGAGCAACGGCCCCGAGGACCCCAAGAGGCAGCUGCCCCGCAAGAGGAGCGACUCGUCCACCCACGAGCUGGACACCCUUCAGCAGCACCGGGCCUUCCUGUCCAGCCUCCAUGCCAGCGUGCUGAGGAAUGAGCCUGGCUCCCGCCGCACGAGCAGCUGCACCGUGCUGGAUGGCUCGGGGGGCCUGGGCAGGUUUGACUUCGAGAUCACCGACCUCUUCCUGUUUGGGUGCCCGCUGGGGCUGGUCCUGGCCCUGAGGAAGACUGUCAUCCCGUCCCUGGAUGUCUUCCAGCUGCGGCCCGCCUGCCAACAAGUCUACAACCUGUUCCACCCCGCGGACCCGUCGGCCUCCCGCCUGGAGCCGCUGCUGGGGCGGCACUUCCACGCCCUGCCGCCCGUCAGCAUCCCCCGCUACCAGCGCUACCCGCUGGGGGACGGCUGCUCCACGCUGCUGGUCGAGACCGUGCAGAGAAACCCCGAGCUGGUCCUGGAGGGCGGCCCCCUGGCCCCCCUCCCCCCCGGGGACGGCCUCCUGGAGACCAGUAUCCCCGUGCCCGCGCUCACCUGGCAAGACGGCCCCCGCCAGAGCCCGGGCUGUGCUGAGUCAGACGCGCUCCAGACCCACGGCACAGUCUUCCAGGAGCACGCAGCCCCCUCCUCACCCGGCGCGGCCCCCAGCUUCCGCCGAGCCAGCGAGAUCAGCAUCGCCAGCCAGGUGUCAGGCAUGGCCGAGAGCUACACGGCGUCCAGCAUCGCCCAGAAGGCCCCCUCGGCACUCAGCCACACCCCCAGCAUCAGGCGCCUGUCCCAGCUUGCCCUGCCUCCCCCAUCUCCCACCACACGGGGCCCCCACACUUGGGCCAGGCAGGUUGGUCCCAGCCUGGAGAGGGCCCCCUGCCUCCCUGCUCGGGACUUGAGAGAAGUUGCUGCGAAGUGGUGGGGCCAGAAGCGGAUUGACUACGCGCUGUACUGCCCCGACGCCCUCACGGCCUUCCCCACCGUGGCCCUGCCCCACCUCUUCCACGCCAGCUACUGGGAGUCCACAGACGUGGUCUCCUUCCCGCUGAGACAGGUCAUGAGACACGACAACCCCAGCACCCUGGAGCUGGAGGGCAAGGAGGUGUCUGUGUUCACCCCCUCAAAGCCGAGAGAGAAGUGGCAGCGCAAGAGGACACACGUGAAGCUGCGGAACGUGACAGCCAACCACCGAAUCAAUGACGCAGUUGCCAACGAGGACGGCCCACAGGUCCUCACAGCCCGGUUCAUGUACGGGCCCCUGGACAUGGUCACCCUCACCGGGGAGAAGGUGGACGUGCACAUCAUGCUGCAGCCGCCCUCAGGGCAGUGGCUGCACCUGGACACGCUGGUGACCAGCAGCAGCGGGCGCGUCUCCUACACCAUCCCUGAGACGCACCGCCUGGGCGUGGGCAUCUACCCCGUCAAGAUGGUGGUCAGGGGGGACCACACGUUCGCCGACAGCUACAUCACCGUGCUGCCCAAGGGCACGGAGUUUGUGGUCUUCAGCAUCGACGGCUCCUUUGCCGCCAGCGUGUCCAUCAUGGGCAGUGACCCCAAGGUGCGGGCCGGGGCCGUGGACGUGGUGCGGCACUGGCAGGACCUGGGCUACCUCAUCCUCUACGUGACGGGCCGGCCCGACAUGCAGAAGCAGCGGGUGGUGGCCUGGCUAGCCCAGCACAACUUCCCCCAUGGCGUGGUGUCCUUCUGCGAUGGCCUGGUGCACGACCCGCUGCGGCACAAGGCCAACUUCCUGAAGCUGCUCAUCUCCGAGCUGCACCAGCGUGCACAUGCGGCCUACGGCUCCACAAAGGACGUGGCAGUCUACAGCUCCAUCAGCCUGCCCCCCACGCAGAUCUACAUCGUGGGCCGGCCCACCCGGAAGCUGCAGCAGCAGUGCCAGUUUAUCACGGACGGCUACGCAGCCCACCUGGCCCAGCUCAAGUACUGCCACCGGGCGCGGCCGGCCCGCAACACGGCCACUCGCAUGGCGCUGCGCAAGGGCAGUUUUGGCCUGCCGGGCCAGGGCGACUUCCUGCGCUCCCGGAACCACCUGCUCCGCACCAUCUCGGCGCAGCCCGGCGGGCCCAGCCACCGGCAUGAACGGACGCAGAGCCAGGCAGACUGCGAGCAGCGCGGCCAGCGCAGCGUGAGCGUGGCGGCCAGCUGCUGGGGCCGCACCAUGACUGGCCGGCUGGAGCCAGGCGCCGCCCCAGGCCCCAAGUAGGGCACAUCACGGGAGGUGCCGCGGUCUCCAUGGUGCUAGGCCAGGGCGGCCAGCCCCAAGGGUCUGUCCUGGGCUUCGCUGUGGCUGGGGAUGAGCAGACGCAGGCCUGGGAGUUUGUCCCAGGACCCGGCCGAGGACAUGGCCGUGCCACCCGGCCUCUCAGCCCUGCCUCGUGUCCUAGGGCCCGGAGGGUCCGGCUGGUUGUGGGAGCUGGCAGGACAGCAGGCCCAGGGUGACAGAGGGACCAGGACUUCCCUUGGACUGGCCUGGGAGACCCUCCGGGACAGUUUUCUCUGUGCUGACCGCCGAGCAUCCUGGUGCCAGGUGCGGGCCCGGGCCCAGCCUGCCACCUCCCCAUCCACCCGUCUCCUCCCCUUCCCCUUCGGUAGCAGUUCCGGCGGCGGCCAGCCUGCUUCUUGUUGACUCGAGUUCCUCAACUGUUCAACCUCACUGGUUUUGCACUGAGUUUUGAGCGUGGAGACCGGUCUCCUCCAGCUACGGACUCGCUGACAUGCAUGACAAUUCAGCAUUUGCUGACCCGGGACCUGGUGCCACACUGAAGGCUCCAGUGCGGCAAGUCCUCGCGCAGGCAGGAAAGAAAGGCCAUACCCUAAUCUCUGCAGCGCUGCGGCAGCCUGGACCCUGCCCACCCGUCCGCUGCCGCACCCGGAGGCCCCACCGCUGCAGGCUGGCCCUGGGCGCAGCACGGGCACAAGGCCC